AUUGAUUACCUGUACCGGAUAAAACCUGUACCAUAUUAUUUAGUUAAAAAUUUUCAGACUGUUUGGUUAACAGGUCCAACGUAAUAAUAGUUUAUAAACUUAUUCUUAUUUAUAACUUUAUUCUUGUUGGUUAUAUUAGCGGACAUUGUAAUUUCAAAUUUUAUUGAAAAAUGAAAUUUCUUCUAUUUAUACUCGUUAUCAUAGAUAACUUGAAUGUGGCUCUUGCCAACAAUGAUAAUUGUGGAUUAAAUGAUCUGAAUGCGUUAAUGGUACGUCUGCGUCAACUUCGAACAGAAUUUAACGCCUUGAAAACCCAGCACGAAGCCACUCAAGCAGAAAUUAAAGUUCUAAAGGAAGAAAACAGAAAACAAGAAACAGAACUUGAAGAACUAAGACAAGAUGUCAACAAUAAAUCUUUAGAAAUAGCGGCAAUAUCUAAAGAUAUAGAAAUGAUCAAAGCCAUUUGGUACUUUUUCCAAGAAAGCUACUAUUACAGAAGUACAAAAGCUCUGAACUGGCUUCAAUCUGAG